AUGGGACCUAAGCUUUUUCUAACCGGAGGAACUGGUUACAUUGGCGGUUCCGUACUCCAUACUAUCGUCACCAGUCAUCCUGAAUACGACGUCACUGUCCUCCUUCGUAACGUCCCCACGUCAUUCUCGGACAGGUAUCCCAAUGUCAAGAUCGUGCGUGGGGAUUUUGAUAGCUUUGACACCUUAGCGCAAGCUGCCUCCGAAGCUGAUGUUGUAGUGCGCUGUGGAAGUUCCAACCAUGAGGCUUCCCUGGACGCUCUAAUCGCUGGACUGCUGCGCCGCUCUACUCCCGGCUUCCUGAUUCACCUAUCCGGAACCGGCAUUGUAUCCGAUUACUACGUCGAGGAUCAGCUAGGCAGGCUCAAUCCCAAAGUCUGGUCGGAUCUGCACGAUGUUGACACCAUCUCGUCCCUCCCUGACUAUGCACUCCACCGCAACACUGAGAAGAUACUAUUUGACGCGAUUGCUGAACACGGGGACAAGGUAAACAUCGCAAUCAUGUGUCCGCCAGGCAUUUACGGAAAGGGACUUGGACCGGGAAAAACGAAGAGUGCCUUCGUCCCCUGCCUUGUGAAUGAGGCGAAAAAGUAUGGGAGGGUGUUUUACUAUAAUGAAGGGGCGAACACGAGCAGCUGGGUGCAUAUUCAAGACCUCAUGCAGGUGUACCUUAGGGUGAUUGAGGCGGCGGCUGCUGGAGGUGAGGGUGCAACAUGGGGGAAGGAAGGCUAUUAUUUCACCGGCUCUCAAGAAGUGGCUCAUAUCGAUAUCGUCAAAGCUGCUGGAGACAUCCUGAAAAAGCACGGCGUCAUCGAGAAUCCCAAACCCAUCCAGAUCGAUCUUAAGACCCUUGAUGGAAUGCUGCCUCAUCCAAGGUUUCCUUAUUUGGCUCGUUAUAUGUUUGCAGCCAACUCGCGGACGAGACCUGAGAGGGCGAAGAAGCUGUUCGGAUACUCACCUAGCGGCCCGGGGUUGCUUGAGUCGCUUGAGGAGGAUAUUCUUGUUGAGCUUGAGAGCAGUUAA